AUGUCACUAUUACACGCUCUUCACCGUGACAUUAGACUCGUCGCUUCUUCUACUGUACCUCCCGAGCUAGACCUGAUCCCCGCAAACCCGGCCGAACAUGUUCCAGACACGGAGAUUUCUGCUGGAGACACCUUGACACCUAGAGACGGCCAACCUGUUUUUGAACGGGCGCUGCCCAGUCGGACGACCAAAUCGCGUCGAGUGGCAAUUACUGCGCUGCUCGUUCUGGCUAAUCUUGUACAGAUGACAGUCAAUUUUGCAGGGAUUGCUGGAGGAAGCACCUUGAGUGAAUCAUUGGAUAUUAAAGACACCUACGCCUCGUGGAUUGCUGCUAGCUAUGCUCUAACCCAAGGUACCUUUGUGUUAGUUAGUGGUCGAUUGGGAGAUGUUUAUGGCCACCGAGAACUCGUACUAGCCGGGGGUGCCUGGCUCACCAUCUGCACCCUAGCGAAUGCCUUCUGUAAGACCUUCUUCGCCUUUGUCACCAUGCGGGCUCUAGCUGGCCUUGGAGGGGCUUUAAUCAUGCCCAACGCGGUGGCUAUGAUAUCCAGCACCAAUCCCCCCGGUCGCGUGCGAAAUCUCAGUCUUGGUCUCUUUGGUGCGUCGGCACCAGUAGGAGGAUAUCUCGGGGCCUUGUUCUUGGGUGCCUUUGUGGAGCGGACAGAGUGGAAGUGGUUUUUUAUCUUCAUUGCCUGCCUUGGUGUCAUCACAUUCACUCCGCUCUGGGCGUUGAGUCCGCGAGAACCACCUGUCGAUCGACACGGGAAAGUCGACUGUCUUGGAUCGGCUCUUGGAACAAGCUCGUUGAUCCUGUUCAACUUUGUCUGGAACUCAAUGAUCUUAUUCGGGGGUUUCUUGCUCUGGGAAAGAAACUACGCGGCAGAGCCCAUCAUGCCACUCGAUAUCUUCAAAGCUCCAUCCUUCCUCAUGCUGCUCUUGGUCGUGCUUCUGAAUUAUAUGGCCGUGGGAACCUUGAUCUGGUACCAGGUGCUAUGGCUCCAAAAGGUCUGGCACUGGUCUCCCCUGCAAUUUGCCGUGGGCUGGACCCCAUUCGUGAUCUGUGCCACGGGCGCAGCCUGUCUCGCAGCGUGGAUGAUCCCGCGAAUGGCAGCACAAUGGAUCCUGGCUAUUGGAACCAUCACGAUCUUAAUAUCGAAUGUGCUCAUGGCGACCGUGCCAAUCCAUCAAUCCUACUGGCCCCAGAUCUUUCCUUCUGUGGUCCUUUUCUCAUUCUGCCCGGACUUUGUGUACACGGCUGGCCAAAUCAUUGCCAGUAACUCUGUCCGCCGAAAUCAGCAAGGGAUUGCUGCGUCCGUCAUCGGCACACUGAAUCUAUACGGAAACAGUCUCGGAUUGGGGUUUGCAUCCACCAUCGAGGUGCAAAUUGCCCGCCGGUCGGGUAGCCAAAUCAUGGGAUAUCGAGCGGCACUUUUCUUCGGUGUUGCCAUCAGUGCUGUAGCACUUCUACUUGAUUUGUGCUUUGUUCGACUGGUCAAAGAUGAUCGGGAAGGCUGGCAUGAGGAUGAUCAUAUGGAGGAAAUUGAACUGACGGAGCAAGCCGAAGCCUCUGGUGUCCAUCUACCCAAUGUAAACCACUAG